AGCAGAUGGAGGAGAAGAAGCCUGCACGCCACGUGGUCUAAAGAAAAAUGUAGGAACGCUACUAUUUUCUGGUAUCCUCGAUCAUUCUGAAAAUAGCAAGACCUCUCCUGGCGAUGGCAACGCAGGAAGAGUGACAAUCCUUCGGACUCUGCAGGGUCAGUCGACAUUCUGCACAACCUCGUCGAAGUCAAAUGCUGCUUCCACAGAUGGUCUGCAGAGCGGAGAAAGUUUCGACUUCGAUAAUGUUUUUGGUCCGGAAGCAACGCAGAGAGAAGUAUUUGCGGAUUGUGCGGAUCUCGUGCAGUCUGCGUUGGACGGUUACAACGUCUGUGUCUUUACUUACGGCCAGACCGGCG